CCCUUCUCUAGCCUGAGAGUGAGGAGGUGGGACUUAGCGUGACCAGUGAGGAGGAGGAAUCUUCCGGGAGUGAAAGCUACGAUGAGCCACCUGUGCCUCCCGAGCUGGCCGCCUCACGAGCCACCAACUCCUCCGGCAAGAAGAACCAGAAUUCGAACGCCAAGCUCGGACCGGUCGCGGCUAGCUGGGCCACCUCCCCGCAGAUCCCGAAGGUGGGGGAGAGGCUGGCCAACUGGAGCUACCCAACGCCGUCUGGCAGCUGGCCCAAACGCAAGGGCGCGCCCGACGCGGCGGACACCUACGAGACACAAACCAAAGACGACAACGAGGGUACACCAACCGUCACGGACACGGCCAGUGUGAGACGAAAGAGUCUGGGGAAAAUGUGGAAGAACGGAACAAAGGCAGUAAAGAAAACGAAACGCGGCAAGAAAGAGGGAAACACAGGAAAAGGCGAGGACGAGACAACGAAAGGGGAAGACACAGCGAGCGGAGGAGAGAAGCAAAGCCAGUGGGAAAGUGUGAUGAGAAAGUCGAACGAAGCCAAUGCAGAAUCAGCAGAAAAUGGAAGCGGGGUGAUGAAAAUUGACGAGAGCGACAUUGCGAAAGAGAUGAACGAAGAGAGAGAUAGCGAGUCCGAGGAAGGAGGAGAUGGAGAGGAACAAGGAGAAAGAACGAGUGUUGAUGCUGUAGAUGGGGAUAAGGAAGAGAAGGAAAGAGAAAUGGAAAGGGAAUCUGCAAAAGAAAGCAGUGAUAGUAGCGAGAAAGUUUAUGAAGCAUCAGAAGAAACGACCCAGAGUGAAGGAGACACUAUGGAUGAAAACAAAGCAAAUAAACCUGAAGAAGAAACAGUAGAUGUGGAAAGAGAACAAAUCGAUAAACCAGAAGAAAAUGCUCAAUAUAGAGAAGUAUCGGAGGAUGAAUUUUACGAGUCAGUCAUCGAAUUCCCAAAGGAAACAACAGAGAGCAACGGUCAUGAUGGAGAAGGAAAAUGGAAUGAAGAAACUAGCGAAAUUGAGAAUGAAAAUGGAGAAAGGGAACCACCCGAAACAGGUAAAGAGGAAGAAACAAGUAAAGAAAGGGAAGAGAAAGAAGUUGAUGAUGAAAUAUCGGUGAAAAAUGAAGAGACGGAAGAGAAAGGAGAGAGAGAAUUGGAUGGUGAGAAGGAAGCAGGGCCUAAAGUAGACGAAAAGAAGGAGGAGGAAGAAGACGUAGAGCAGAGGAAAGGAAAAGAUAAUGAAGUAAAGACGGUGGAUGAAGUAGUUGAAGAAUAUAUGGAAGAGGCAAAUCUGGACGAAGAGAAGAAUAAACUGUAUGAAAAAGAGGAGUUGGAGAAGGUGGACAAAGAAUGUGACGAGGCGACUCAUGAAAGAAUCCUUGAUGAAGAGAAAGAGGAAGAGAGCAAAGCCCCAGAAAACAAUACUGUUCUAAUCAAAAUAGAGGAAAAUAAAUCAGAUGAAAGUCAGAACAACGAAGAAACACCGACGGGAAAAAUAAUUCAAAGUGAACGAGCGUAGGAAGUUCAGACGGACAGGAAGAAGUGCGGUACGUUGUCGAGAAAAUCCUCAGCGCGAGAAGAUGUGAGCUGGUGAUCCGUGUGAACGACGUAAACGCAGAAGAAGAAAAAGGCGGUGCGAUUGAAUGCAGCGAGACCAAACUUUUCAUAGAGCCCAGUGCAAAGAAGGGAGACGAGGGUGAUGAGGAGGGAAUAGAAGGAGAACAAGAAGAUGGGGCGAAUCAACAGCCACGAAUUGUGCUAAAAGAAAUAGACUUGAGCAAUGACAGCGUUGAUGGAAGUGCUGAAAUAAUGACUGAGGAAGUCAGGGAAGAGAAUGCAACAGCAACAAUUUAUGAGAACAAGAUAGAAGUAUCAUGUUUGUCUCUGGAUAAUGCUACAGUCGAGGAAGACAAGAAAAACGCAAUUGAAGUAAUUGAAGAUCUGAACGAGGCAGUUGAGAAAGACAUGACAGAGUCGAUGGAAAAGAACUACACAAGCGGGAAGGACAGGGAAGGAGAAUUAAACGAGGAAGGGUCUGCAAACACAACGACGUGGAGGAAAGAGAUACAAAAGCACGAAGUCAGAGAAGAGGAACAUAUUACUUUCUCGAAGGAAGGAGGAAGUGAAACAACGGAGGAUUACGAAGAUGCCUUAGCAGAGAUCGAAGACGAUUACCCUGCGAACGCCAAGAAACCCGAAGUC